AUAAUCACUUUAUUACACGACACAAACACAAAAUCUUUAACAACCACCACCACACGGGAGCUGUAGAGCCGUGAAAAGAUGAGGCGGCGAGGACUAGAUUUUAGGAGACGAAUGAAGAGGAAGUUCCCCAAUGUUGUGUGGUGGACAGUGUGCGGGGUUUUGGUUUUGCUUCUGAUCGUUGUUUUGUGCAGAGAGAGCCAGAUUGAAUCAACACCCGCCAUUUCUAGGAAACCUAAUUGGCAUGACAGAAUUACGGAAGACCUAAUUACCGAUGAAAUGUUGAGCCCCAACUCUGUCACUAGACAGAUUACUGAUCAAAUUUGUCUUGCAAAGGCUUUUGUUGUGAUAGCAAAAGAAAGCAGCAAUCUCCAAUUUGCUUGGGAAUUAAGUGCUCAGAUCCGUAAUUCUCAGGUCCUUCUGUCAAAUACUGCAACUAGGCGAAUGCCAUUGACAGUUGGAGAAUCGGAGAGUGCAAUUCGUGAUAUGGCAUUUCUGCUCUACCAAGCGCAGCAGCUCCACUAUGACAGUUCAACAAUGCUCAUGAGAUUGAGAGCCAAAAUCCAAACCCUUGAAGAACAGAUGAGUUCAGCUGGUGAGAAAAGUUCGAAGUAUGGACAAAUAGCUGCCGAAGAAGUCCCCAAAAGUCUAUAUUGUCUCGGUGUUAGGUUGACUACUGAAUGGUAUGGAAAUCCAAAUUUACAAAAGAAACUCAGGGAAAGAAAGCAAAUGGAUGCAAAACUUAAAGACAACAGUUUGUAUCAUUUUUGCAUCUUCUCCGAUAACAUCCUUGCAAGUUCCGUGGUGGUUAAUUCGACAGCUUUAAAUUCCAAAAAUCCAGGUAAGAUCGUCUUUCAUCUUGUAACUGAUGAAAUAAACUAUGCUGCAAUGAAGGCCUGGUUCACCUUGAACAGUUUUCGGGGAGUGACUGUUGAGGUUCAGAAGUUUGAGGACUUCAAGUGGCUGAAUGCUUCUUAUGCUCCGGUUCUUAAGCAACUGCAAGAUUCUGGGACUCAGAGUUAUUAUUUUUCUGGCCAUAACGAUGAUGGUCAGACUCCAAUAAAGUUCAGAAAUCCCAAAUACCUGUCGAUGCUUAAUCAUUUGAGGUUUUAUAUCCCAGAAGUUUAUCCUGCACUCAAGAAGGUGGUAUUUCUCGAUGAUGACAUUGUGGUUCAGAAAGAUCUUUCUGGUCUAUUUUCCAUUGAUUUGAAGGGUAAUGUUAACGGAGCAGUUGAGACAUGCAUGGAGACAUUUCACAGAUAUCACAGGUACCUGAAUUACUCUCACCCUUUGAUAAGGGCACACUUCGACCCUGACGCCUGUGGUUGGGCAUUUGGGAUGAAUGUUUUCGAUUUAGUCGAGUGGAGGAAGAGGAAUGUGACCGGCAUCUAUCACUAUUGGCAAGAACGGAACGUAGACAGAACAUUGUGGAAACUCGGGACACUGCCACCCGGACUGCUGACAUUCUAUGGAUUGACAGAGGCAUUGGAUCCCUCAUGGCAUGUAUUGGGGCUAGGCUACACGAACGUUGAUCCCCAAUUGAUAGAGAAAGGGGCCGUUCUACACUUCAAUGGGAAUUCGAAGCCGUGGUUGAAAAUCGGGAUAGAGAAAUACAAGCCCCUUUGGGAGAAGUAUGUCGAUUAUUCCCACCCUCUCUUGCAACAGUGCAAUUUUCAUUGAUCCAUCGCCAUAGAAAUCUGUAGUUUUUUCACGCACCAUCUUAGAAGCUUCGAGGUCGAAGCAUGGCUGCUGGUUGUAACAUGGUAUUUAUUCCAUUCCAACUCAGUCUGUUGUAGUAUAGACUGUUUCAUUCGUAUCAAACUAUUUAAAAGAUCACUGAGAAAACAAUUUUGAUCU